ACACCGCAUUCGACGCACGCGAGAGCUGCAGCGGACAAACGCGAUUGGUGCAGACGAGGACGCUGGUGACUCCGCAACACGCAGAUAGAGCGGGUUGAAGGGAGCCUUACUUCAACAGAGGCACAUGUUUAAAUCAAUUUAAAAGAAGAGGAAGAUAUUGUAACACCGAGUUGAGACCGCUACGUUCAUAUGAGUUAUUCCUACAGGGUCUCACAAGAAACCUAGCGGAGUGCACCCGGAUAAUUCAAGCCCAACAGUUAGCUCGCGUUAGCCUGUUAGCUGUCCGAUAGCCCCGCAGCCGCUAUUUCGUCCACUCUCGACCGGCACCUGCACGCCUUUGCUGCCCGUUAUUCUAACGAAUUACUCGGUACCAUUCAACGCCGCGGGUUCUUGCUCUGGUACUUCAAUUAUUCAGUUUAAGUCACCGCGGUGACACCAAAAAGAGGGGAGAGGACCGCGAGAGGGUUACGGUUUGGGGACCAGCAGGGCGACACAAUCGGUGGCCGUUCACCAUGGACAACGGACACACGAAGACGGUCGAAGAAGUUUACAGCUUUUUUAACGUGAAUGAGAGCACCGGUCUGAGUUUAGAGCAGGUGAAGAAACAACGGGAACGAUAUGGACCAAACGAAUUGCCGGCUGAGGAGGGUAAAUCCCUUUGGUCACUCGUGGUUGAGCAGUUUGAAGAUUUGCUUGUGAGGAUCCUUUUACUUGCUGCCUGCAUAUCCUUUGUGCUGGCCUGGUUUGAAGAUGGAGAAGAAACCAUUACAGCCUUUGUGGAGCCUUUUGUUAUCCUGCUAAUUCUCAUAGCAAAUGCCAUUGUCGGAGUCUGGCAGGAGCGAAAUGCAGAAAAUGCCAUUGAAGCGCUCAAGGAAUAUGAGCCGGAGAUGGGGAAGGUGUACCGCCAGGACAGGAAAAGUGUCCAGAGAAUCAAGGCCAGGGACAUUAUGCCUGGCGACAUUGUGGAGGUGGCAGUCGGUGAUAAGGUGCCGGCAGACAUCAGACUGUCUUCUAUCACGUCAACAACACUGAGGGUAGACCAAUCUAUUCUCACAGGAGAGUCUGUGUCUGUAAUCAAACACACUGACCCUGUGCCCGACCCACGUGCUGUCAACCAGGACAAGAAGAACAUGCUCUUUUCUGGCACCAACAUUGCAGCUGGUAAAGCUAUUGGUGUGGUAGUGGCCACAGGUGGCAAUACAGAGAUUGGCAAAAUCCGUGAUGAGAUGGCAGCGACGGAGCAGGAGCGGACACCACUGCAGCAAAAGCUGGAUGAGUUCGGACAGCAACUAUCCAAGGUUAUUACACUGAUCUGCAUUGCUGUGUGGAUCAUCAAUAUUGGACAUUUCAAUGAUCCUGUCCACGGAGGCUCCUGGAUCCGAGGUGCUGUCUACUACUUCAAGAUUGCUGUGGCUCUGGCAGUUGCUGCUAUCCCUGAGGGUCUGCCUGCCGUCAUCACCACUUGCUUGGCUUUAGGAACACGGCGAAUGGCCAAGAAGAAUGCCAUUGUCCGCAGUUUGCCGUCUGUGGAGACCCUCGGCUGUACAUCUGUCAUCUGCUCUGACAAGACUGGCACGCUGACCACCAAUCAGAUGUCUGUGUGCAGGAUGUUUAUCAUUGAUCGGGCAGAGGGCGAUCAUUGUUCAUUAAAGGACUUCACUAUUUCUGGCUCCACAUAUGCACCGGAUGGAGAAGUGUUCCAUGAUGACAAACCAGUGAAAUGUUCCCAGUAUGAUGCUUUGGUGGAGCUGGCCUCUAUCUGUGCUCUCUGUAAUGAUUCCUCAUUGGACUAUAAUGAGACCAAAGGUGUGUUUGAGAAGGUGGGCGAGGCCACAGAGACGGCUCUCACAUGCCUGGUGGAGAAGAUGAACGUGUUUGAUACAGAUGUUAAAGGCCUGUCCAAGAUUGAUCGAGCCAACGCCUGUAAUUCUGUGAUCAAGCAGCUGAUGAAAAAAGAGUUUACUCUGGAAUUUACAAGAGACAGGAAGUCCAUGUCUGUGUACUGCACUGCUAAUAAGGCUCGGUCCUCCGUUGGCAAGAUGUUCGUAAAGGGUGCCCCUGAGGGAGUGAUUGACAGGUGCACACACAUCCGUGUAGGCAGUAACAAGGUGCCCUUGACCCCUGGCAUUAAGGAGAAGCUAAUGUCUGUGAUCAGGGAAUAUGGAACUGGCAGGGACACACUGCGCUGUCUGGCUCUCGCCACACGAGACCAGCGCAUGAGCAAGGACCAGCUGAAGUUGGAGGACUCCACCCGCUUUGUUGAAUAUGAGACUGACCUGACAUUUGUUGGCUGUGUGGGCAUGCUGGAUCCUCCCAGGGCCGAGGUGGCAGCCUCUAUUAGACUCUGCCGCCUUGCAGGCAUCCGAGUCAUUAUGAUCACUGGGGACAACAAGGGGACGGCUGUGGCCAUCUGCAGACGUAUUGGAAUUUUUGGAGAGAACGAUGAUGUUUCCAGCAUGGCAUUCACUGGCCGAGAGUUUGAUGAUCUGUCCCCUGCUGCACAAAGAGAAGCUGUGGUCAAGGCCCGCUGCUAUGCCCGUGUUGAGCCGUCACACAAAUCCAAGAUUAUUGAGUAUCUGCAGUCUUAUGACGAGAUCACAGCAAUGACUGGCGAUGGCGUUAACGAUGCUCCUGCUCUCAAGAAGGCUGAAAUUGGUAUUGCCAUGGGCUCAGGCACAGCUGUGGCCAAGAGUGCCUCCGAGAUGGUGCUGGCUGAUGACAACUUUUCCACCAUCGUAGCUGCAGUCGAGGAAGGCAGAGCCAUUUAUAACAACAUGAAGCAGUUUAUCAGAUACCUCAUCUCUUCCAAUGUGGGAGAGGUUGUCUGCAUCUUCCUGACUGCAGCUCUGGGGUUCCCCGAAGCCCUGAUCCCCGUUCAGCUGCUCUGGGUCAACCUGGUGACCGAUGGUUUGCCUGCCACAGCUUUAGGCUUCAACCCACCAGACUUGGACAUCAUGAGCAAGCCACCACGCAACGCCCGCGAGCCCCUCAUCUCUGGAUGGCUCUUCUUCAGAUACCUAGCCAUUGGAUGUUAUGUUGGUGCUGCCACUGUUGGUGCUGCUUCCUGGUGGUUUGUUGCUGCUGAGGAUGGUCCAAGGAUCACAUUUUACCAGCUGAGCCACUUCCUGCAGUGCGGCCCAGAGAACCCAGACUUCGCGAAUCUGGACUGUAAGGUGUUUGAGUCCCCUUACCCGAUGACCAUGGCCUUGUCUGUGCUGGUCACCAUUGAGAUGUGCAAUGCCCUAAACAGUGUGUCAGAGAACCAGUCCCUGCUGAGGAUGCCUCCCUGGGAGAAUGUGUGGCUGCUGGGAGCCAUCUGCCUCUCCAUGACCCUUCACUUCCUUAUCCUCUAUGUGGAGCCUCUCCCAAUCAUCUUCCAGAUCACCCCACUGAAUCUCACACAAUGGCUGAUGGUGCUCAAGAUGUCACUGCCCGUGAUUCUACUUGACGAGAUACUAAAGUUUGCCUCCAGGAACUACCUGGAGUUCGGUAAAGAACUGGAGAAGCCUGACGGCUGCAAAGGCUGCUGCCUGUCUGCAUGUAUGGAGGGCAUCUCCUGGCCCUUCGUAGCCGUGUCCCUCCCCUUGGUCCUUUGGAUCUACAGCACCGACACUAACAUGGCCGACAUGUUCUGGUCCUGACUGACUUGAGCACAACUUCGACUUUUCCAUUUCCUCCUCGCCCCCACCGCCAUCACCUCCCUCUGUCCUCUCCCCUCUCUGGCUUCCUACGUGUGCAUAGCUUGCGAGUGUGCUUGUUUGUAGAGUUAGUAUGUGUGUACUUGUGUGUGUACGAGAAGGACCAACUUUAACACAUGAAUUGAACAAAUGAUAUAAGAUGUUAACAUUGAGAAGUCUCCUGUUUUGAGUUGGGAUAGGAUUUCUGAAUGGGUGAGUGUUAGAAGACCAUCACUCCUGUAGCUGUGGACUUUGUUGCUGGUUUGAAAAAAUAUAUACUGUUGCCAGUUCUUUCUUUUUUUAUUGUUAAUAUUGCCUUUAAGGUUUAUAUUUUUUAUGAUUUGGGGAAUAUCGGUUGUCUUAUGUCACUACAGUAACGACAGUAAAUUAUUUUGUUUUCGCUUCCCUCUUCAUGAAAAGAUAUCAGAAAUCCAUUAAUCUGUACAGAGAUUGAAUUUUAUGCAACCUUUUUUUUUUUAAAUGGCUUCGUCACUUGUUUGACCAGUGUGUCUUAGACAUACCGCCUUCAUUUAUGUUCUCAUGUUUACCAUUGUGUCUUCAGUAUAAACUCAGAACUCUUUCAGAGAGGACGAGCUCCGUGUGGCGGACGAGGACGGGGAAAGGUUUGGGAGUGAACGUUUGAAUGCUCCGCUUAAACAAACAAAGACAAAAAAAAUGUAAAAACAAAAGCCGCAUGUCCUGUGACCAAGCAUGAACUGUAUGUGGUUUCUCAUUCCUAAUUUAAUUGUGAUUGUCUCAACCCCCCCAUAUGUUAGAGUAUACAUUAACCUCAUGGAUGUGUUUUUUUUAAAUAUAAUUUGAAAACAAGCCAGUUUUUCUGCACUGGGCAGAGCACAGCUACCUCAAUAUGAUAAAAAAAAAGACUUUUCUUUUCUUUGCUCAUCUCUAGAUAGUUUCCUCAACAGUCUUGCUAAAGCGUAACAACUGAGGUGUGCCCCUAUUUACUUGUGCAGAAAACGAGAACAACAUUUUCCUUCCCUCUAACGAUAUUAAGGAUAUAUUUUGUUUGUAUUGAUUUUUGACUUUCAUUAAUAUUUGUACUUUGCUUUGGAGACAGAACCGAGUGGGGAUGAUGCAUAUUAAUUACCAUCUCCAUAGCGUUUGAUUCAAAGGACGGUAAUAUUCAAAUCCUAAGAAAAAAUACUAUUGCUGAACGUAGUCCAAAUGAACUUGGAGUGCAAAUAAGAACCCAAAAUGUUGUUUUUUUACUACAAGGAAAAAUACACCCAUAAACCUUUGAAUCAAA